AUGGACAAAUGGUAUGAGUCUUUCGAGGGAAUACUAGCUAUCCACCAGGACAAGUUUGUUACUGCUUCGGCACCAACACGUCAAAGUAUUUUGAAGACAAUACGCGAUCAGAUUGUCACAAAACAUAAGUCACUGGAGGAUCCUGCUGCCUUGCCGAAGCCUUUAAGAAAGGCCAUUAGGCGCUACUAUCUCCAGUUCUUAACCGAUGAGGAUGAUAUUCAAGCUGAAGGAGAGUUCCUGGAAGAUGAACAGGACAAUGAAGCACUUGGUGUAUCCCCUGAGGAGAGGGAGAUGGCAGCUCGUCCAAAGGAUGCCGCAUUUUACAUGAAGGAAAUUACUGACUGGGAUGUCGCACAGAAGUUGUUCAAGCAGGAAAUCAACGACUAUGACAAGGAGGAGCAAUCAAAGUCGGGGGGAAAACAUUCGAUCAAAUUCCAUACAGGACACACGAGGGACUGGUUUAACAAUAUGACUCCUGCGCAACGCGAGGAGGUAGAGGACACGAAGGAAAAGUGGAAUAGGGAAGGCGCACCAGCAGAAGCGCAGGCAAUGUAUCGGAAGAGGAACCUCAAAAGAGUCCUGGACGAUUUUACAGAACAAAUUCGUCGUACUAUGGGGUGUCAGGUUGUGAUGCUAGUCAGUCACAAAAAAAAAUCUGAUCAGACUCUAAGUGUUGUCGUCCAUGAGUCUAAGCCCUUGAAUGGCAAAAAAGUGUUCACACAAAGUUCUCGCGGCAACAAAGAAUGGACAUCUGAUGGUUUUACAAAAUUUGCGGAGUGGUCCAAGUCGGAAUUCUACCCUGAGGACUCUGAUGGAGUGUCAGACAAUGAGGACGAUGAGGACGAUACCAAGGAUAAGUUGCCUGAACUUGUCUUAGACAAGACAGGCUAUGCAAAGCUUCCUUCACGCGCUGCUUUGAUGGGACUUAAGGUUGGUUGGGUAGAAGUUUUCACUGACAGUACCAAGCCAGUACCUUGGCGUGAGGUUGUGGCUAAGCCAAGUUUGUACUUGGACCUGGAGUGCCUCCCCAAGGGUUUCUUGUUGAGGGAUCCCUCUCAUUUGAGGGCUGACGACAUCACCAAGCUGUGGGACCAUUGGGAAGUCAGACGGGCAGCCAAGCAAAGAUUGAUUAUUUUCCUUGCAGGCAAGCUUGCUAAUAUGAGCAAAGAGAGCCUGCAGAAUGCAGUUCCCUAUAAGGGGGACAAAAAGGUAUAUGUGGAAAUCAGUCAAGAAAACGAGGACGAUACCUCAGCCAAGCCACCUACGACACGUACCGAAGGGCCGGCCGGGACCAAGGCUGCCUCCAGCGCCCUAGCCAGCACACACCUUGCACCAUGUACCAUCAGCCCAGCUGAUGAUGACUCUUCAGAAGAUGACUUAGCCACAACAUCCUUUGCAGGACAUACAACAGGGCCGGCUGGUGGGCCAUCUGGCGCUCAAGAAGGAGCACCCGCAGCAGUUCCAAUGAAGGAUCGCGUGCAGUUCUUGAAGUCCCUGAGCAAUAAUGAUAAAUACCUGCUGUUGGUUGAAGGGGUCAGAGACUUGGAGAAGGGACCAAGCUCUGAGGAGCAAAGGGACUGGCCUACCUGGGCAACAUGGUCUUGGGAAGAAUCGUACCUUCCCAAUGCUGUACACUCUGAAGAUGGUGUUGUAGAAAUUUUUUUGGACAUGAUCGCAUCUGCCAAGAUCACCAGCUUGCCCUCAGGAAUGCGCGUCACUUUGGGUCUCGGCUUACUGCUCAGGGAAUGUAAACGUGCUAUUGAGUAUGAGGUGGACGAAGCCCCUCACAACACCCCCACUUACCUUGGUGCCUCGACCUUAGAUAUCAAGAUCCUCAGCCUUGUUGAAGAUUUGGUCGAUACUGUCAGAGGUAGGAUGCUUCCAACGCUCAAGGGAAGGGAGGGUCAGCAAUGUGCUGCAGGAGAGCAGGAGGAGAAGGAAAGGGAUCACGAGUUGGAGGUCAGGCAGCACCUGGAGGAAGAGUUGAGGAUGUUGGAGGAGGCGAAAUCGAGGAAUAAGAGGUUAAAGGAUGAUAUGCAGAAGCUGCAGGAGGAAACGAAGAAGCUCGUGGAGGAAAAUGAGUCCCUGGAGAGACAGAGAGUGGAACUCUUAUCCUUGUGCCAUUGCCUUUGA